GCCGCGCCGCGCCGAGGGAGCCGGGCGCCGAGCAGCCGGCGGCACCAUGUCCGCGCGCAACUGGGGCACGGAGCUGGACCUUAGUUGGAUCUCCAAAAUACAAGUGAAUCAACCAGCAGUUCUGAGGCGUGCAGAACAAAUCCAGGCUCGGAGAACCGUGAAAAAAGAGUGGCAAGCUGCUUGGCUCCUGAAAGCUGUUACCUUUAUAGAUCUUACUACACUUUCAGGGGAUGACACAUCUUCCAAUGUUAAGAGGCUCUGUUAUAAAGCCAAGUAUCCAAUCCGGGAAGAUCUCUUAAAAGCUUUAAAUAUGCACGAUAAAGGCAUUACUACUGCUGCUGUUUGUGUUUAUCCUGCACGGGUGUCUGAUGCUGUAAAAGCACUGAAGACCGCAGGCUGUACAAUCCCGGUGGCUUCGGUGGCCACUGGCUUUCCAGCUGGACAGACUCAUUUAAAAACACGAUUGGAAGAGAUCAGAUUGGCUGUGGAAGAUGGAGCCACAGAAAUUGACGUGGUCAUUAACAGGACCUUGGUGCUGACAGGCCAGUGGGAAGCCCUGUAUGAUGAGAUUCGUCAGUUUCGCAAGGCCUGUGGGGAGGCUCAUCUCAAAACCAUCUUAGCAACAGGAGAACUUGCAUCUCUUACUAAUGUCUAUAAAGCCAGUAUGAUAGCAAUGAUGGCAGGAUCAGAUUUUAUUAAGACCUCUACUGGAAAAGAAACAGUAAAUGCCACUUUCCCAGUAGCUAUAGUAAUGCUACGGGCCAUUAGAGAUUUCUUCUGGAAAACUGGAAACAAGAUAGGCUUUAAACCAGCAGGAGGCAUCCGCAGUGCAAAGGAUUCCCUUGCUUGGCUCUCCCUCAUAAAAGAAGAGCUGGGAGAUGAAUGGCUGACGCCAGAACUCUUUCGAAUAGGUGCCAGUACUCUGCUUUCAGACAUCGAGAGGCAGAUUUACCAUCAUGUGACUGGAAGAUAUGCAGCCUAUCACGAUCUUCCAAUGUGUUAAAUCACUGACCAAUUCCAGAAGAGCUCUUUAGAUCAGUGUUUAGAAUGUGUUUUUCUAUGUGAUUGCUAAAAUUGUUUAAUUAAAAUAUGAGGGGACUUUUUUAUUUCCCUUAACUUUCACUGAAUUUAAUUCAAAGAAUAAAAGAAAAAAACAACUAACCCAUACAUAGUAUUCUUUUCAGGCACUUUUGAAAUGGUCCUAAUUACUUGAAAAUCUGUAUGGUUAAUUUUGUGAAGAUUUUUCCCUUAAAAAUUCUGAGUAAAAUAUUAAUGAUGGCUUUGACAACGUUAAAUUCUAAGGAAAAAAAAAAGUUAAACCGCCCAAGAAAUGUGCCUUAGCAAAAGAAAACGCAGCCUCCCUGAGCUGCUGGCCCUACUCUAAUGACUUCAGGAGUCACUGACUUGGCACUAAUUUCCUGCCAUGAAAAUCUGUCUUUAAUUUUUGCAACAGAUAUGCUCUUAUAUUAAUUGUUUCACUAAUGAAACUUAUGUUGUUGUUAUAGGAUAUUAUGGACAUUGCAUUUUUAAAUAUAAAAAUCCCUGUAGUUAUUUUUUUGGAAAAAAAAAAUACUUUAAAUCGUAACAACACCUACUGAAAAAUUAAUCCAUUAAACAUAUAAAGAGGUUUUAAUUAAUGACUUUUUGAAGUCACACCUUCUAGUAGAGUCUUUGCAUAUGUAUAUCAGAAGGCACCUCAGUAAGAGCAUUAAUGAAUACAACUUAUGUAGAUAUGCUGAAACUUCAGAUUUUUCUGGCAUAAGGGAAAUAAGGGAAAAAAAUAGCAGACACUAACAUAGCACUUAAUAUGUCCUAAGCUCUUCACAUCAAUGUAUUUGAACCUUGUAACAGUCAGUACUGGUAUUAUCAUUCUUUUAUACAGAUGAGGGCCUGAGGCCAGAAAGCUGAAGCAACUUGUCAAAGAUCACAGAGCCCCCCAAUGGCAGAGUCAAGAAUCAAGCCCAGGCUGACAGCCUGGCUCCUGGGUGUCAGUCACCCUGGGUGUGCACCACUGUCCCUCAGCACCCAUAGGCACAGCAUCAGAGUUCACUGUCUGCUCUGGGGAAUGGGCAUCUGCUUUGUUGUCUGCUCGUUCCCUUGCUCUGUCUGUCCCUCCAAGCUUUCCACGUCUACCAUUUUUGCUUCCUAGCACCUCUCCCGCACGAUUGAACCUAGUGAGUUUCGGAGAGAGUCUUUUAUCCUCCUUGAACAAGUCUCCAGCUAUUCCUAAGUGGGAAACCCCAGACUGGGCAUCCGUUUUGGUUUCACCUUCUGAUAAUGGAAGCCCAGCCAGCCUCUUCCUCUUUCUAACCCUCUGACCUUGCUUCAGUCAGUUCACCUCUCUGGACCUCAGCUUCUUUAUCUGUGAAAGAGAGGGAUUGGGCAGGCAAUAUCAAGGUUCUUUGAGACCUAAAAUCAUAUUGCCCUAAGGAUAAUUAUAACAAAUGCUAGAAAAUGUUUUACAGCUAUAAAGAGAAAACACUUUUGUAGCAAUCUAAAUUAGAAUGUGCCUCUUGGGAAUCAAUUAGGCAAGUCCCCAAAGCACCUCUCCAACUGGAAAUGAAAUGACUAAAAUAAGAAGGGAGGAGAAAUCUUGCUUUCCCCCAUUCCCUUAGCAGAAGGCUGUCCCUUGACUUACACCUUUGGAUAUGGUCAGUAGCUCUGAAUGCCAUAUCCACCUUCAUAACAACGCCAGCCCAGGUGCCCACAGCACAAUGGCCGUCACCUUUAGAGAAGUAACUUUGCAGAAAAAUAAUUACAUUCUAUCACCUUUGAAACUAUUCCAAUAUCACAGGGGUUUCUGUUUUCUUCCCAUUAAACCCAGCUGGUCAUUUUAGUUGAUCAAGUGAACAGGCAUCAUUAUCUUCAAUUCUAAUUUAUAUGAGGCGUCCACUGAAAUUGACCCCUGCGGACAAUUAUAGAUUCACAUAGGAAAUUAAGACUGUGAGUCCCUCAAACCUAUUAAAGGCUGAUGAGCAUGGCCUGAUCUGAAGGUGUGUAAUCUUAUAUUUUGGGGGGCAAUUUAGUCUAAGGACUGUUAGGCUCUUCAUCAGGAAUGUCUGCCCCUUACCUGGCUCUUGAAAUCAAAUGUAACACAGAUGCCUUUAAUAGGAAGACCCUAGUAAAUGUUGAUUGCUAUGAAAACAUAAGAGGAAGAGGUCAUUUUCGAGGUGACUGUGAUUUACUACAAGCAGAUUUGUGUACUUGAGAACAUAGGGAGCAGAUGCUUUAUAUGAUCAGAAAAUGAGGAUUGUGUCCUGUGUUUAAAGCUUCUAUAUUAAUAAAGCAACCCCCCCACCCCAUUUGUCCCAGUUGCUCAAUAAAGCAUAUUAGGCCUGAAAGUUACUUUAUAAACAACAAAUCAGAUAAUUUGGGGGCUUAAAAAGCCUUUAGAGGAUGUGUAUUUCUAACUAUCAUUUUUUUAUAUAAGAAAAGAAACUGAACGUGGGGAAGUCACUUAUGUAAGACCAUGUAAAAAGUGAGAGCUGUGACUAUGGGAGAGCCAGAUCCCAGAAGGUAAAAGAAACAAUGAGAACAGGAACACGCAUAAAUGGCAACUGCUUAUAAAGCCGUGAGUCAACCCGCACUCGGAGCUUCACCUCUGUACCUGAGCUUGGUGGUGCCUGAUGCUGUAGCCCCUUCAGGCCUCUCUGUUCCAAGAUACUGGACUCUGAAUAAUCAUUGUGUCUGUCAUUGGAACAUGUCAUGCAUCACUCAAACCAGAGCUUAGGCCCGUAUUUUGGCCAUGAAAUAUUUUAUAAGACAUAGCCAGGGCUUUAGAAUCGAAAGUUUCUUUCUUAUUUAUACACUCUACCACACCUAACAUUAUGUUGGUCAGCAUGUGAAAUUCAGACUUUCAGAAGACUCACUUUUGCCUCUUAAGAGUCUUCUGGGGGUGCCUGGGUGGCAUCUGACUUGGUUUCGGCUCAGUCGUGAUCUCUGGGUUGUGGGUUCUAGCCCCGCUUCACGUUGGGCUCUGUGCUCAGCACAGUCUGCUUCUCCCUCUCCCUCUGCUCCACACCCCCAUAUGCUGUCUCUCAAAUAAAUAAAAUUAAAAAAAGAAAAAAAGUCUUCUU